GGCUCAUCAGGAGGAACUAAAGAGACGAAGAAAACUUAGUACAUUUGCCAGCGGUGUGCUUGCAGAACCCACAAAUGUUCGUUAUUGUUCAUUCUUGGUUGUGUGUGUUUUUUCUAACAGCUUUGGGAUCCCAGAACAAAACAAUACAUUUUGUGACUGAGUUUAUCCUCCUGGGUUUCAGUGGCCAAGGGGAGAUGCAGAGCUUCUUCUUCUCUUCAAUUCUAGUUCUCUAUCUCCUGACCUUGCUGGGAAACGGAGCCAUUGUCUGUGCAGUGAAAUGGGAUAGAAGGCUCCACACACCCAUGUACAUCUUCCUGGGAAACUUUGCCUUUUUGGAGAUAUGGUAUGUUUCUUCCACUGUCCCAAACAUGUUGAUCAACAUCCUCUCUGAGACUAAGACCAUCUCCUUCUCUGCCUGUUUCCUCCAAUUCUAUUUCUUCUUUUCACUUGGUACAACAGAGUGUUUCUUCCUAUCAGUUAUGGCUUAUGAUCGGUACCUGGCCAUCUGUCGCCCACUGCACUACCCCUCCAUCAUGACUGGGAAGUUCUGUGUAAUCCUGAUCUGUGCCUGCUGGCUGAGUGGAUUCCUCUGUUAUCCAGUCCCAAUUGUCCUCAUCUCCCAACUUCCUUUCUGUGGCCCUAACAUCAUCGACCACUUUGUAUGUGACCCAGGCCCAUUGUUUGCCCUGGUCUGUGUCCCUGCUCCUUCCACUGAACUUCUCUGUUAUACCUUCAACUCAAUGAUUAUCUUUGGGCCCUUCCUCUCCAUCUUGGGAUCCUACACUCUAGUGCUCAGAGCUGUGCUUCGGGUUCCUUCUGGUGCCGGUCGAACGAAAGCUUUCUCCACCUGUGGAUCCCACUUAACGGUGGUGUCUCUGUUCUAUGGAACCCUUAUGAUGAUGUAUGUGAACCCAACAUCAGGAAACCCAGCAGGAAUGCACAAGAUCAUCACUCUGAUUUACUCAGCCGUGACCCCCCUCUUAAACCCCCUUAUCUAUAGUCUCCGAAACAAAGACAUGAAAGAUGCCAUAAAGAAAGUCCUGGCUUUAGCCACUAGCCGAAACUGA